AUGUCGGCUGCAGCCAAAGCAAAUGCAGGGAAUGCGGUGAAAGAACAUUCCACGCAUUCCGCUAUUAAAGAGUGGUUCCGUUUGCACACAUGGCGAUCCAGUUUCAGUUCAGGCAAACUGGAUACUCUUCUGUUGGAACUGAUGGAAGAAAGCCGGCCGCUCCCGAUGUUCAGAUGUGAGCAAAUUGAGGGUGGGAAGCUUGCCAAGGAGUGGCAAGAAUGGAGAAGCUCGUUGGAGUAUUAUUUUGAAUCGUACCAAGUAACAGAUCAAAAAAUGAUGCGCUCAAAAAUGCUAUAUCUGGGCGGACCUCAACUUCAAAGAGUUUUCAAUACUUUGGAGGGGACCGAAGAUUUUCCAUUGGUCUUGUUGGAGAAGCGUUGGUAUGAUGUUGCAGUGGAUCGAUUGGACGCAUAUUUCAAACCGCGCAAACAGGAUGUGCUCGAAAGACACAGACUUCGAAGUAUGAAACAAGGAUCCAACGAACGUUUUUCGCAUUAUAUUUUACGUUUACGUCAGCAACUAAGGGAAUGUGGGCUGGAGAAAUAUUCUCAGGAUGUUAGAAGCGUUAUGGAAGAAAUUAUGAUGAUUGACGUUAUCGUUGAAGGCUGGAGUUCUCAGGAGUUGAGGCGUAAAAUUCUUGAGAAGGAUCAAUCGUUGUAUGACAUUGAAGUACUUGGAGAGUCACUCGAGAGUGUUCGAAUUCAGGAGCAAGAGUUGAAGACAGGUAAAGGCAACGGUGAACCAGGAUCCAGUGAAGUUUUCAAGGUACAGAAGGAGUUGAGAACAAGGAAGGAACGUAGGGAGGACAGAAUCGGUCACAUGUCAAAAUCACCAAUGUGCCCGGCGAAAGAUCAGAGUUGUCGGCGGUGCAAGAAACCUGGACAUUUUGAGAUUGUUUGUCGUAAACGUCCAUCUGAUCCACAUUCCUGGGGUCCUACGAAAAAGGUUCACAUUGUUGAGGAAAAGCAAGAAGAUACUGAAGAUACGAUGCAGCCGAUACAUGAGCCAGUCCUUCAGCCGACACCGCAGCCGAUGCCUUGCCGUACUGCAGCUGAAAGGAAAGUGUAUUACACGUUCUACACUGGAAACGAUGCCAAUGUACUCAAUUUUACUAUUGGUGGCGCGAAAAUGGACAUGUUCAUCGAUUCAGGUUCAGAUGUUAAUUUGAUAACUUCGGAGGCUUGGCAGAAGCUUAAGGCGCAACAGGUUGCGGUAUCGAAGUGCGAAUCCGGCAGCAGUAAAAUCAUAAGAGCGUACGCAUCGAAUACGCCUCUCACUGUACUGGGAAGUUUUCAAGCUGUGAUCGAGAUCGGGAAACGUUCGGUUGAAGCUGAGUUCCUAGUUAUUGCUAAUGGCCAGCGUAACCUGUUGGGUGAUAUGACCUCAAAACAGCUCGGUAUCCUGAAAAUUGGUUUGGGCAUAAACCGAGUUGUAGAUGAUGGAAAUACACAUUGUCCAUUCUCCAAGAUAAAAGAUACAAAAAUACGCAUUUCUAUGGAUCCGACAAUUACUCCGGUAUUUCAAUCGUUGAGACGAAUCCCAAUUCCUUUGGAGGGAGCGGUUAACCAAAAAUUAGAGGAACUGCUUCGCAGAGAUAUUAUUGAACCAAAAGUAGGCCCAGCAUCCUGGGUGUCGCCGCUUGUGGUGGCAAACAAGGCGAAUGGUAAUAUUAGGCUGUGUAUUGAUUUACGUAGAGUAAACCAAGCAGUUGUUCGAGAAAGACAUCCGAUGCCUGUUGUGGAUGACAUUCUUGCGAAAGUUGGUAAAGGAAAAGUAUGGAGCAUUUUAGACAUCAAAGAUGCGUUUUUCCUUCUGGAGUUGGAGGAAGAAUCAAGGGACAUCGUAACAUUCAUCACACAUCGUGGGCUGUAUCGAUUCAAACGGCUACCCUUUGGCCUCGUAUCACCUCCAGAAAUAUUCCAACGCAAGAUGGAUGAGAUGCUGGCCGAUUGCGAGGGUACCUACUGGUAUAUGGAUGAUGUGGGUGUUGAAGGUAGCUCGGUUGAAGAACAUGAUUUGAGACUGAAGAAGGUAUACUAUUAA